CCCCUCGCCGCAAACGUCAGAGAAAAGGAAGCAAAAAUAAUUGCUUUGUAUUCCAUCCACACAGUCGCGUUGUCGUGAGUUCAAUUUGAUUUUAUUAUAAAAUGGGUGAAAAACGUGAUAAAACUUCUGACGAUUAUUUCUCAAUAGUGCAAACUCUCGAAGCUGGAAAACCGGUUCAUUCAAUAGUUCCCCAAAGAUGGGUACAAGGCAAAUAUUUGUACUGGCCGAAUCGAAAAGCGGAACAGCUACUAAAGGAUUCUUCAAGUUGUCCGGCAGCGGGAUGGAGCAAAUUAUUGUGUACUGUAAAACAACAACGAAUCGACAGUUUAACUGAAGCGCAGGAGGAAGCAGCCAAUUUGUCCGGUGUCACGACGGAUUUUUCAGAUGCAGGUCCAUCGAACGUUCUAAAUAAACGUUUUAAACGUAAACAAGUCGAACAGAUUGCGGAUCUGAAUUUUAAUAAUUUUAUAACAGCUAGUCAUGAUGGUUCAGAAAAUCUAAAUGUGCUACCACUUGCACUAACUGUCGUACUGGAAACUGCUGAGCUAGAGAGGCCGCCUUUGGAAUCCGAGAAAGUCGUAGAAGAAUCAGAAACCCAUCCGUAUACACCCACCGUCAGUUUGCAAGAAAUUGAAACGCUGCCGUCAUUUCAUGUGGCCCAGAUGCAUAAUGAUUUUUUUUCAGCCAUCUGUUGAGCUAACCGAGUCUGCAAAAUGCGAAAUUUUCGAUAAAUUGGACAAUUAGAUAGUAAACUGGAGGAUGCAGAAUAAGCGAAAAAGUUUUUCACUUUCAUGAAGACUUUUGUUGGUAGCCAAGGAGAUCCUCGUAACGGAAUGAACAUAUGCUAUGACCUGAUCGAUCGCUUUUUCAAACGUAAAUUUAUGGUAUCAUGUUCAUGAACCGGCUGCAGUCGAGGCGAGAAAAGAUAGUGCGCUUUAAAGCAAUUUCAAAAUGUUCUCAAUGCAUUUUUCACAAUCGUGCGAAAUGUUAAUGAAAAUUUUUCUAUUAAAAUGUUAGAGAGCUUUUUCAAGUCAAUUGCUAAAAAUGCAAAAAAGCGAAGCGAAGCUAAAUGGCUGCGCAUGUCCAGUGUCCGUCGAAGACCGAAGAAACAAAAGAAUGCCGCGACAGUUUCAAUGAAUGUUGAGUAUAUUGAUAUAAGACAUGAUCAACACGCAUCUGAUACCAGCACUGAAGAAAAUGAUGAGAGUGAUGUUCACCGCAAAAUACAUUGCAACGAGGAAACAUUUCACGAUACUACAAUGAAUAUGUGAACCAUGCGAUAUUUGUAGCGCGCAUGUAUCAUUUUGAACGUGUUUUCAAAUUCACUAUAUGAAACAUUUAAGUUAAGAAAUAAUAAGGCUCUUUAUAGACGUAAAAACCUCCAAAUUUAUGCAGGACAGUUCAAAAACAUAAGUUUAUUCCUCAUUUUAAGUGAAUCCACAAUCAUACCAUAAGAUCUGUUGUUUUUAUAUUUGGUUAUGUAACCUGUUAGUUGAACGAACUGUAACAGUAAAGUUGAAACUGAACUAAUGGUCCAGUCUCUUUUUUCUUUUGAUAAUUAAAAAAGAAUUGUUUCCAAACUGAAUUUUAAGAUUUAUUUUGCUUUUCAUUUUAUUGGCGUUUUUGCUGUGGCAAUGUAUGUUGCAGUGGUACAUAAACAUAUUUUGAAUCUUUAUUCUUUAUUGCUGCCAAUUUGCAUUGAAUGUCCCUGCUACAGAAAAGAUGUUGUUUUGUUGAAAUUGCAUUCUCAGAGGUAUAUAUAUGUAAAAU